AUGGCAUCACCUCGAGCUCUUCCACCAUUCAUCAGCAACAUCAUCGGCCAUCAUGUCAAGCCCCCUCUUAGCCGAGCCUCAGAGUUAGCAUUCCUGAAAGAGCCCGAAGAUGUCAUCGCCGUGCGAGAUCGGCCCCUGAUGAUGGCCUGCCAGGUGGAGGGCGAGGGGCCAAUCAUGAUCACCUGGCGCAGGAAUGGAGUUGCGGUGCCCACGGGUGCGAGGGCAGAGGUGCUGCCCACUGGAGAGCUCCUCAUCCGGAACUUUCAGAAACGCAGGGAUAGCAACGAAACGGACGCGGGAGAGUAUGAGUGUGCCGCCCAGAAUCGUUACGGCAUGCUGAUCAGCCGCAAGGCGCGGGUGCAACUGGCAUCACUGCCCAAGUUUCACACACACCCAGAAUCCAUGGCUGUGGAUGAGGGAGGUGUGGCUCGGUUUCACUGUGUUGUUAAUGGAAUCCCUGAGGCCAGCAUCACAUGGGAGAGAAACAGGACCACCCUAAACACUGAUGAUAACAGGUACACGCUCCUCCCCACGGGCAUCCUCCAGAUCACCGCUGUGCGGAAGGCUGACAUGGGUUUCUACCGCUGCAUGGCCGUGAACAGUGCCAACGUACGCUACAGCCACGAGGCCCAGUUCACAGUCACCGCUGCGGGGUCUCGUAGCUACAAGGACCCAGUGAUUCUGUCCGGCCCCCAGAACCUGACCAUCAAUGUCCAUCAGACGGCUAUUCUGGAGUGCAUAGCCACAGGGAACCCUCGGCCCAUCGUGUCCUGGAGUAGACUGGAUGGUCGCUCUAUUGGAGUGGAAGGUAUCCAGGUUCUGGGCACGGGGAACCUGAUGAUCUCCGACGUGUCGCUGCAGCAUUCUGGAGUUUAUGUCUGCUCUGCCAACCGACCUGGUAGCAGGAUGAGGCGUACCGCGCUGGGCAGACUUGUGGUGCAAGCUCCCCCUGAGUUCCUGCAGUGGCCGCAGUCUGUGUCUCGGCCACUGGGUGGCAGUGCUGUGUUCUCCUGCUCAGCCCAGGGCGUGCCAGAGCCCCACCUCAUCUGGCUCAAGAAUGGCAAGAUCCUCACCCCAGGAAACAAUGUGAAACUCACUAACAAUAACAGCACCCUGGCAGUGACUCGUAUCACCCCUGAGGAUGAGGCCAUCUACCAGUGCAUUGCAGAGAACACUGCCGGCACCAACCAGGCCAGCGCCCGCCUGGCAGUGUCCGUGUCCAAUGACCUACCCCAGGCACCGCAGGACCUGACAGCCACCCCGCUGUCCACUACCAGCCUUCAGAUCACCUGGGCACAGCCUGCGCCCGAGAUCACCGACGGCGUCAUCGGAUACGUGCUCCACAUCCGCAUGAUGGGAGAGCCAGACAGCAAAGAGCUGCAGGAGGCCGUCAGUAAGAGCACCUUCAAGCACGAGUUUGAGAACCUGGACGCGGCCACCACCUACUCCAUCUACCUCAAGGCCUACUCUCCACUGGGGGCUAGCCAGCAGUCCAACACCAUCAUCGCCACAACACUAGGGGGCGUUCCCACGACGCCGAGUAUCUUCACCAAGGUGCUGAAUAAGACGGCCAUGCAGGUGUUCUGGGAGCUGCCCAGCAAGGCGGGGAAGGUGCAGGGCUUCAAGCUCUCCCACCGCGUGGUCCCCGAGGAGGAGUUCAAGGCAGAGGAGCUCUUCCCCAGCCACAUCAACACACACACCAUCUCACACCUCGAGCCCGCAGCUGUGUACGAAAUCCGGCUGGUGGCAUUUAAUGGCAACGGGGACAGCAUCGGCAAUAAGCGCCUGGUGUCUCUGGCAGAGAGUGGUCCCAGCGUCAAGACUGGCAAUGGAGGGCAGAGUCUGUGCGACUGCCAGCAGGACGGAGAUGGCUCCAUGACUGGCAUUGUAGUGGGCAUACAUAUUGGCAGCGCCUGCAUCAUCUUCUGCGUACUUUUCCUCAUGUUUGGAUACCGGCGCAGUUUCUUCUGCAGGAAGGGGACCCAGGACAGCUGGGCUCUGCCCCAGACAGGAGGAGGCCAGGUGGGGCUGAGGGAGGUGGUUCCUAAAGAGGGAAUGAUCCGCCCCCCAGAAGCCAUAGAGUUGGUAGCUCAGAGACAGAACUGCAGUCCGGGGAGGACUGAAGAGGCCCAGCCCGGCGUGGCGCAGUGCCAGGUCCUGAUCGAGCAGCAGCCAGGCAGUCCGUCUGGCACAGGCACAGGCACUGGUUAGGGCGGCAACGACACAACCUCACCCCUGCUCUCCCAAACUGUCCAUCCCCACUCCCU